AUGCCCGCCAUACCUUCCUCAAUGACUGACAGCUGGACCGGCGAAGCCUCAGCGAACAUGUCGCUCGACGCCCUUGUCGUCGGCGCUGGUAUCAGCGGAAUUUACCAGUUGCAUCGUCUCCGGCAGUUAGGACUAGACGCGAAAGGAGUCGAAGCUGGAAGGAAUAUUGGGGGGACAUGGUAUUGGAACCGCUACCCUGGCGCCCGCGUCGAUUCCGACGCUGCUUUGUACCAGUACUCCGUGGAGGGGCUUUGGAAGGGGUGGCAGUUCUCCGAACGCUUUCCCAGCAGGGAGGAAAUCCUUCAGUACCUCCAUUACGUCGACGAAACAUUUAAAGUUAGCCAACACUUCUGUUUCAAUACACGGGUCGUCCGUGCGCAGUUCAACAACACCGGAAACUUCUGGGAAGUCGCGACAGAUGGAGGACUGACGAUCAAGACCCGGUUCCUCGUUAUGUGCAUCGGAUUUGCGAGUAAGCCUUACCAACCACAUUUCAAGGGCCUCGAAGCAUUUGAAGGGGUGUUGUGUCACACCGCACGAUGGCCAGAGAACGUCGAGAUGGCAGGAAAGCGAGUUGGGGUCAUCGGGACUGGGGCCAGUGGCGUUCAGGUGAUCGAAGCAGCCGCCAAAGUGGUGAAAGACCUUGUCGUGUUUCAGCGCACACCGAACUUGGCAUUCCCGAUGCGACAAUCCAUGCAAGCCGAAGUGUCACGAAGCAUCUAUCCCGGCAUAUUCGAGCAGAGAAAGAAGACAUUUGGUGGUUUCGACAUGGAUUUCAUUCCAAAGCCGGCUCUCGAGGGCGCCGCAGCGCGUCAAGCUGUAUUUGAUGAACUAUGGAACAAGGGGGGUCUCGCAUUCUGGCUGGGGGCAUAUGAUGAUACAUUGCUUGAUGAUACUGCCAACGACUACGCUUAUGCGUAUUGGCGGGACAAAGUCCGGCAGCGGAUUCACAAGGUCGAGCUCGUAGAGAAACUUGCCCCUACCAUCAAGAUGCAUCCCUUUGGGACGAAGCGUCCAGCUUUGGAGCAGCACCUUUACGAAGCCUUUAACCAAGAUAAUGUCACCUUGGUUGACCUCAACGAAAGCCCCAUUGAUGAGAUUACAUCUACUGGGGUUCGUACCAAGGAUGGGACAGAAUAUGCUCUCGACCUGUUGGUCAUGGCCACGGGGUUCGAUAUGGGAACUGGUGGCUAUAAGGACAUCGAAAUCGUAGGGACAAACGGGGCCGUCUUUCGCGAUAAAUGGGCCAAUGGGGUAAAAUCAUAUCUGGGCAUGUUGGCGUCUGGGUUUCCAAACAUGUUUAUGGUAUACGGCCCUCAUGCACCCAGCGGCUUUACCAAUGCACCUACAUGUGCUGAAUUGCAAGUUGAUUGGAUAACCAACUGCAUUGAAUAUAUGAUGAAGAAUUCGCUCGCUCGCAUCGAAGCAAGUAACAAAGCGGAACUGGAUUGGACUCAACGAAUAGAUGAAAUCGGUGCCAGGGGGCUUUGGAAUCGGGCAAACUCGUGGUACAGAGGUGCGAACGUCCCAGGCAAGGUUAUGGAGCAUAUGUUUUGGGCUGGAGGAUGUCCGUCGUAUCAAAAGAUUUGCGAAGAAGUCGUCGAAAGUGGAUACGAUGGAAUCAUGUUCAUAAAGACGCCCUGA